AUGGCUCUGCAUGUCAGCGUGGUGGUGUUCGUUUUCAGCGGUUGCCCCAGCGCUCGCCACGAAGAGUGCCACUACGGUCACCUCUCAGCGACCAGUGGCAGCUCCGCCGCAAUGGCGGCGUCCAGUGGGGACCCUGACGCGAAGCUGCUUAUACGACAGAAACAACACCACAAGCGGGCCUUCGACUUCAUCUCCAAGGCGGUCAAGUAUGAAGAGUUGGCCAAUGACCUCUACCGCAAUGGUAUCGAGGAACUACAGAAAGGCAUCACCAACAACUUCGCUCAAAGAAAAGGUCCUUCAUGGGAGUGGGCGCACAGGCUUACUGAUAAGAUGAAGGUGAACCUCGACAUGUGCAAGGACAUGCUCGACUCCUUACAGAGCAUGGUCAAGAUAGAAAAUCUCGGUGAUGAUUUGCCCUGGCACGCGAGCGUGGCCCGGCCUCAGGCCAACCAGAAUCACCGAGAAUGGCAGAAGGCGGCAAACGGUCACGACGCAGCCCCAGUACUGGGUGGUCCAAUGUGGCUAAAGAUGGCCCAAAAUGGCGGUUCUGGCAGCCAAGUGAACGAGAGGUCACCGCCUCUGCCGCCGCGUAUUGGUGCUACGCUGAAGAACCAGGCCGCAAUAGCAUCGCUACAAGGAGUGGCGAUGCAUGCAGUCGCCCCACGUUCCCAGACACUACCUGGGAACACACCGGUUGGAGGUGCUUGGACGACGGACGAGUCCUGGUCAUGGCUUUCUCAGCCAGCUGCCAAUGAAGCUGGACCGAUGCCAACGGCAGCGAGGCCGUGGCUAACCAGCAGUAACUAA